AUUCUUCUCUUCUCCUGGACAACUCAAGCUCAAAACCCAAAAUCGACCUUGUCGACCCGGAUCCGAGCUAGGCACCCGCACGACCACCCGCCUCCUGCCGGUCACCGGGACCUAGCAUCGCCGGGCGGCGGCGGGGGAGGGGAAGGUAGGCGAUGAGGAAACGUGAGCGGGAGAACCCGUGCGGGAUCUGCGGGCACUACCACAAGUACGAGGAGGGGGAGGUAUGCGGGGUGUGCGGCCACCGCUGGAAACCGUCGGACGGGGAGGGCGCCCCGUCGAGGCACGAGUCCGCCUUCCCCACAGAGGUGCUCAAGGACUUUCUCUUCCUCGGGAGCUACGACAACGCCUCACGCUCCGAGGUCCUCAGAACGCUCAGUAUCUCCCACAUCCUUAAUACUGUGCCUGAUUGCCACAAUCUGUACAAGAAUUCAUUCACAUAUCACAGUCUUCAACGGGACAGGCCUUUGGAUUUUGAUGAGGCAAACCAAUAUCUAGAGAAAUGUGAAAGAGAUAAAUCGCGUGUUCUUGUUCAUUGCAUGACUGGAAAAAACAGGUCUGCUGCUAUUGUUGCAGCCUUCUUGAUGAAGUCUAGAGGGUGGAGACUUGCACAAUCUUUUCAAUGGGUGAAAGAUCGAAGACCACAGGUUCAACUGACAGAUGCUUCUCAGAAGGAGCUUUUGGAGUAUGAGCUGAAGCUUUUCGGACCCAGUACUCAAACCUUGGUUCCCACUGAAUCAUUUGCUUCUCUUGGAUUUGGUUAUACAAAACCAGCAGGUGACAUGCAAACGCCUGUGUUCAACCAAACGACCAUGCCAUCCAUAUUCGAGCGAUUCAACCCAAAUGAUCGCCCCACCAAUUUCACUUUUGGAGUUGAGAGGAAAGCAGAAGCUAACCCUCGAGAUAACAAUAGUGAUGGCAGGGUAAACCCAACUUCAACGGAGAACCUGAUGGACAGCUCUUAAGAUGAUUUCACGAUGUCGCUGUUGAAUCUCCUUGUUCCAGAAGUAAACCCGCUGUAAUCUGCAUGUCGCGGAAGUAAACCUACUGCUCGGUGCCUCGGUGCACCGAAUACUUAUCCGGUGUCUAGGUUUCAGGGAGGUUUUGCCCUUGUCGCAUGAGAAAUGGUUCUCUGGAAACCGAUCUUUGCUUUAGAAUGACUGUAUGAAAUAGAUGUUUGUGGC